UCGGGCUUCCGGUCUGGCCCGGAAGUGGCGCCAUGGUAGGCCUUGAGGGGCGCGAGCGAGGAAAAUAAAGGCCGCCGAGGAAGGAGACUCCGGCCAUGGCGCCUCCGCCUCCCUCGGAGGCAUCGGCAGGAGAGCGGCGAGACGCGGAGAGGCGGGAGAAGCCAGAGGGAGGCGCUCCCACCGGGCGGGUGGAGACCUCCUCCUGUUGAAACUUCUGAAGAGUGUUGGUAGAGGUGACCGUGCCAGUGAGAUGCCCAAGGACAGGAGUUCUACUUCGUAUGGCCCUCCUCCAGCCGGCCUGCCAUGACCGCCUUCUUCACCAGCGUCCCCAAUUGGAUUCAAGAUGCAAAGCAGGAGGAGGAGGAGGCAGGCUGGAAACUAGUGCCCCGGCCCAAGGGCCGAGAGAGCGACCUUCAAGGGAGAUGCCAGUAUGACCUGUCGGGUGCCUCUUUCCCCAGCUUGGAUAAGCUGAGAGCAAACACAGAGCAGAGACCCUACUGCUGCCCACAACUGCACUGCGGCAAGGCCUUUGCCUCCAAAUACAAACUGUACAGGCACUUGGCCACCCACUCUGCCCAGAAGCCCCACCAAUGCAUGUACUGUGAGAAAAUGUUCCACCGCAAGGACCACCUCCGCAACCACCUCCAGACGCACGACCCCAACAAGGAAGCGCUUCACUGCCCCGAGUGCGGGAAGAACUACAACACCAAGCUUGGCUACCGGCGCCACCUGGCCAUGCAUGCUGCAGCCAGUGGCGACCUGAGCUGCAAGGUGUGCCUGCAGAUGUUUGAGAGCACCCAGGUCCUGCUGGAGCACCUGAAGGCCCACUCUCGGAGGCCCUCGGGCAGCGUGAAAGAGAAGAAACACCCGUGUGACCACUGCGACCGGCGCUUCUACACCCGCAAAGACGUGCGGAGGCACCUGGUCGUCCACACGGGCCGGAAGGACUUCUUGUGCCAGUACUGCGCCCAGCGCUUUGGCCGCAAGGACCACCUGACCAGGCACAUGAAGAAGAGCCACUCGCAAGAGCUGCUCAAGAUCAAGACAGAGCCAGUGGACAUGCUGAGCCUCCUGAGUUGCAAUUCAUCCGUCGCCGUCAAGGAGGAGCUGAGCCCGGUCCUGUGCAUGGCCUCCCGGGACGUGAUGAACAGCAAGGGCUUCCCUGGGAUGUUGCCCAUGGGCAUGUACGGGGCUCACGUCCCUGCCAUGCCCGGCUCGGGGAUGCCCCACUCUCUGGUCCCUAACGCGCUGCCCAUGGGGAUGAGCUACCCUCUGGAGCCGCCCUCCCCGCCGCAGCCUCCCCCAAAGUACCAGCUCGGGUCUACCUCAUACCUGCCUGACAAAAUCCCUAAGACAGAGGUGGACAGCUGUUUGGCAGAGCUGCCAGGUGGCCUGCCUCUGGCGCCCGGGGAACCCUCCUCGUCCUCCCCUCAGCCUCUCACCCUGGAGGAGACGCUGCUCUCCAAGAGUCCCGCUUCGCUUUCCGAGGCUCUCUGUGCUGCUAACAUGGACUUCUCCCACCUCCUCGGCUUCCUCCCUUUGAACCUGCCUUCGUGCAACCCGCCUGUCUCUUCCGGGGGGCUGGUCAUGGGCUAUUCGCAGGCGGAGACCCAGUCUCUCCUCUCCACUUUGCCGCCUCAAGAGUCUCCGGGAGGCGCCGCUGCCUCCUUCGGCUUCGGCGCCCUCCAUUCGCUGCCUUCGGUCUUCUCUCCUGGCUUGGGCGCCACCACCUUGCCCCGUUUCCACCAAGCAUUCCAGUGAGAGGCGGAGGACGGAGCUUCCCUGAGCGUGUGCGGAUGGGGCGCAGCGGAGGCGCCCGUUGUGUUUGUUGUCCUACCGACCCAGGGGCUGGGAAGGCUUCCGGAAGGGCUUGCCGGUGGACUGGAACUGCCGCGUCACACUAGCGUGUGUGCCCCAGCCCUGGACAGCGAGUAGGUUGCAGCAGAUAGAAUUUCAGGUAUUUUUUCCCCCUCCCAACUUCAUUCAUCAAUCAGGAGCUACCCGUCUCAGUGACUUUCCAGCCUCCUUCCACUUAAGAGAGAAAGCUGGCUUGGUGUUCCCUCUCAAAGUUUUGCAUUUCAGUGUCUUGGUUCAUAGGGCAGGCUGAAAGCAUUGCUUCGCGCCCGCCCGCCAUUCCUCCUCCGUCGUCUCUGCUGGUCAUUCCUGCCGUGCUCGGUCUGUGGCGCUUCGCAGAGACUCCUUCCGGCAGAAUCAUGUUUACGCAAACCCCCCGGACCCUUUCCCUUACCAUUUUACCAAUCAGGAAGGGCCAGGAGCACACAGUCGCUGUGUCCUGGCCUCGCUCGCACACUGUUUACACUGUGGAGUCGGCUCACGCCGAUUGCACUUCACUACUACUUCCAUUUCUUCCCCUGUGGGGAAAAUAGAACUGACUUUGGAUUGCCUCACCUUUUGCCAAUUUAGCAGUCUACGCUGUGAGUAACCCCCCCAACUCCCCUUAGAUUGUCAGAAAGGAUGAUCUUGCUUGCAUCGGUUUGUCUGAGAGCAGCGUUGGGACAGGGGUGGCUGGGUGGGGGGGAAGCAGCGUUGUCGUCGGGGGACUCAUCCCCUUCGUAUCUAGCACUCUUUGUCUUGGGAGAUUUGGGAUUUCUGAAUAUUCAAGCACAAGCAGACAAGACUUGGGGGAAAUUACAAUGGCCUUGCUGGCUGGGAAGUGGGUGGGGUGGGGGAGAGGGUGUCCUGGGAGUUGUCAUCCCAAAAUGUAACCUUCCCAAGCUCUGUGAGUGAGUUUAGUGCAGGUAGGAGCAAAUUUGGGCCCUCCAAAUGUUUUGGACUUCAACUCCCAGCAUUCCUAACAG